UUUUUAUUUAAACUCUUCAAUAUAUUAUCUGCAUUUAUUUUUCAUAUUGAAUACUUUCUUUAUAUAUUAAAGAGUAUAUAACAAUUCUCUUUCUUUAUUGAUGCAAAUUAAUUAAUGUGAACGCUUUCUAUUUAUACCUCAAGGAGUCAGUUCUAAGCAACCAGAACUAAUGCUGGUAGCCUACACAGCAAUCUUCUAGAGAACAGAGUCUACACAGCUGUUUAUUUUUUCAUUCCAUUUCGGGAUCUUGAGGCAUUUAGAUCUUAGAUUAACCUAGCUAGAGAGAGACAGAGAGAUACUCCUACAACAUUUCAAUCCAAAAUGGUCAAUGAUAGUUCCAAUCAUCACCACCACCACUCUGCUGAAAUGUCCUUCAGAAUAAAGCAGGAUAGUAGAUUCUUCUCUAGGCUAAUGUCUAAAGAAACCUCUUCAGCUAACUCAUCUUCAAGGGUGUUCUAUUAUGGAGAGAAAUCAGUUGCGGCGGUUCCUUUUCUCUGGGAGGAGCAACCAGGAACACCAAAGCACCCUUUGUCAGAAACCUCUCUGCCUCCUCUAACUCCUCCACCUUCAUAUUAUUCAAAUUCUAAGUCCGGCGUGAAUCGAAGAAACUCAAGAGCGAGUGCUAUUUCAAGCGUUUUGAUGAGAUUUGCAGGGUCAAGGAAGUCUCUUGUGUCGCCAUCGUCGUCGUGGUCGCCGGAUUCUUCAGUUUCGUCUUCAUCGUCUUCAUGGUCGUUGCCGUUUUCAUCAUCACCCUCGUUUUCAGGGUCAAGAUCUCCCUCUUCUUCAGCCCCUUUGAAGCAUAAACGUUCGAAUGGGUUUAGAGGGUGCUAUCCUUUUGGGAACAGUUAGCAGUAUCAUGAAGAAAGUGCAGCUGCAAAAUCUCUGGAAACCAUGGUGUAGGGUAUUCUAAUUAGUUACUUAGUCUAAUUUUUGUUCUGUAUGUUUUUCUACAUCUUGUAGAAGUAUAUCUGUGAAAAUUAGUGGUUAAUUGUGUUUGGAUUUUGGAAACAUAUGUUUGUUCUGUGGGGCAACUAUUCAUUAAUCCUUACUUUGAUUUUCUAUUCUAGUUAACCGGCAUAAGUGCUAAUAAUCUAAGUG